AUGGCGUGGGAUGCUGCCCUGCAGCAUCCUCGGUCCUGGCUGGGAUUCUUCUCCCUCCUCCUCCUCCUGUCCUGCUCCGGGGCUGUCGUGGCUCAGCUGAUCGAGGCCACCACGGAACCCCCCAAGAAGAAGCCGGACCCCGUGACUUCGGAGACCGUGGUCAUCUGGGGGCUCAGGCUCUGGCAGGUGGUCGGCAUCUUUGCCCUCUUCGUCCUAUCAGUCAUCAUCACCCUGUGCUGCAUCUUCAAGUGCCGCAUCCCUCGCACCAGGAAGGAGAUCGAGGCGCGUUACGCCCAGCGCCAGGCGGCCAAGAACUACGCCGACAAGCUGGACACCGUGCCGCCCCUCAACGAGCUCACAGAGAUCCCUGGAGCUCAGCCUACAGAGGAAAAGAAGGAAGAAGUUCCCACUGUGUCUGGAAAAGUGGACGCGGCUCAGGGGAAGAAAGAUGGAUCCAAAGGGAACAAGAAGAAGGAUGGGGAGAAGGAGGAGAAAGAAGGGAAGAAAGAAGGGAAGGAUGGGGCCAAAAAGAAAGAAGGAGAAAAGGGAGAAAAGGGGGGGAAAGGAGAAAAGGGGGAAAAGGACACAAGUGACAAGAAAGAAGGUGGUGGGAAGAAAGAAGGGGAAGCAGGAAAGGCAGGAGGAGGCACCAAAAGCAAUGGGAAGGCUGCUGGGAAUGCCAAGGCCCCAGCAAAGAAGAAGUGACCUCGCUGGAAGGCAGGGCUGGCGCUUUUUUUGGGAGGACAAAUUGCUGUGGGAGGAGAGCUGGGAGCAGA